AUGAGCAAACGCCGCCGUGGUGACGAUGAAAGCGAUAUUUUCCGGAAGGCUAUCGAGCUGCUGUGUCACCGCCGGGCCACAACUGAAGAACUGUCAGUUGCAACUAAGCUCACGCCUUUGGAAAGGCAGGUGGUGUGCCUCAAGGAGUCCCUUCCGCCCGAUGUUAUUCUGAUGGUAGCGUGUGGUUACCGUGUGAAGUUUUACGGUCGUGACAGUCGCGUCGUCAGCCGCCGUUUUGGGAUAAUGUGCAUUCAAGCAACUCCAUUCGAGUAUAGCAGUGUUCCUUACACAGGGGUCAAUAUUUAUGUGCGCCGCCUGGUAGCGAUGGGUUAUCGUGUUGCUUUUGCGGAUCAAGAGAGCGCUUCUAUUCGGUCGACCAGUGGUAACUCGAAGGGGUUGUUUUCCCGAGAGAUUGGGCGAGUGUACAGCCGAGGAACGAUGUUGCCUGAUGAGGUGGUUGUCACCGCUGGAACCCCUCAAGAAGGAAGCGCUACCGGUCAGGGGGAUGAAGGGGCACCGGAAGGAGGAGAUCCCGUUGGUGUGGAGGAACUUCUCCCCUUGAAGGAGGGAUCUUCGGAAUUGUUUAUUUGCUUCUUGUGGCCCUCAACUGGGUCGGCGGGUGUGAGCCUGGUCGAAGUGACGCUUCUCAGUUUCGUCACGUACUCUCUUUCUCGUCAUCACCUGUCUUCAGGGGGAGAGCUUUUGGACAUACUCAAUCGCUACAAUAUUGUUGAGGUGGUUCUGUUUUAUGAUGAAGACGGAGCGCGGGAGCUCGACCGGCAUCAGAACGCAGCAGCUACCGACGGCACUUUGCCUCCUUUUCGCUUGUGCGGUUUACCGGAGGCGUUUUACACACCCUUAAACACAAUUCUAUCGCUUCAUCAUGGACCGACGGUUAACGGUGAAGAGGAUAAUAAUUCUGUAACUGUCUGCACCUCGCCAUUCAUCGGUUCUAUCGAUGACUCAAUUGCAGAGUAUUUAAAGCCUAGUCGAUUUGAUACGACCUUCAGGAAAAUGUGCUCUAAAUCUCCGCCGUUACUUGCGCGGAGCACGGCCGGUGGGGUGGCUGAGUUGGUAAUGGAGAUGCCCGGCACCACGAUGAGCGCGUUGGACAUAUUUCACAGCAGCAUUGGGCUAAAAGGUUCUCUGCUGGCUCUAUUGGACCACAGCCUUACGGUGCCUGGUCUGCGGCGGUUGCGUUCGUGGCUGGCGGCCCCGCUCUGCGACUUACGGGCCAUUAAUUCUCGGCGUGAGGCGGUGGCGUUUUUACUUCGCGGCGAAGGGGGUGACUCAGUGGUGGGCCUGCUGCGAGAGUUUGCCAAGUUUGGUGAUCUCGAGGCAACACUGGGGAAGCUGCGGGCGCAGCGGUGCACUGUAACCGAUUAUCUUCGUUUGUUGCGUGCGGUGAAAGUGACGCAUAAACUCGCUCUUGACAUUUUAUCACUUUGUGGCGAAGGCAUGUGCGAUCAGAUUCGUGAUGCUCUUGUUGCCGUCACGUCUGAGAAUGUCGAGUUGUUCCUUCAAUCGUGUAAGUGUGAGUUAAACUUGGAUGCGGAUUCCCCUCAGGAGUACUACGCAGCACUUGGUUCCCCCCUACCCGACCUUUUGCAGACUCAUGCUAAGGAGCGCGACGAAGUGCUACGUGCGUUGGACGUGGAGCUGGAAUGCAUUCGAAAGACACUCAAGUUACCUGCGUUGGAGUACCGUACAAUCGCUGGCACCACAUUCAUUGUGGACGUGCCCAACGUAAGGGCCAAUGAUGCACCGAAAGAGUGGAUUGUGCUGACAAGAACAAAGACUCAUGUGCGAUUUCACACUCCAAGAAUUGUCAAUCUUACCGUGGAGCUCUGCUCCGCCAAGGAACGCCUUGCCAUUGCAGCAAAUGAGGCAUGGUUAGCGAAGCAAGCCGAGUUGGAAGGUUCUGUCGACACGAUGGAGAUAUUUAAGAGUGUCAUUAACUCUGUUGCUGUGCUUGACGCACUUCACUGUCUUGCUGUCGCAUCUUCGGCCCCUGGAUACACUGCUCCAUCCAUCUCAGACGAUGAGCAGUCGAUUGUGAUCCGCGACGGACGCCACCCGAUGCUUGAGUCGCUCAUGCGUGGGGGCUACGUGGGGUGUGACGUUUCCCUUGUCAAGCACGGCGCGUGGAUUCUCACAGGGCCCAACAUGGGAGGUAAAUCAGCUCUGAUGCGUAUGGUAGGUACGUUUGUGGUAUUGGCACAACUGGGUUGCUACGUGCCUGCCAAGUCUGCGCAACUGCCCUUGUUUGGGGCUGUAUACUGUCGAAUGGGGUCGAGCGAUUCUCUGCUGGAGGGAAGUUCCACCUUUUUGAAAGAGAUGGAGGAAACAAGUCGGAUCCUCCGCUCUGAGAUUGUGUCCUCUUCGCUUGUACUACUGGAUGAACUCGGCAGGGGAACGAGCAGUUAUGAUGGUAUUGCUAUUGCCGCUGCGACACUGGAGUAUCUGCUUCGGAAGGGUGCAACAACAUUCUUCGUGACGCACUAUUCGCAACUCUGUGAGCCCUAUGUCAAUUCCAGCAACAACGGACUGGUGUCAUGCUAUUAUAUGGGAUUUCAUGAGGAAAAGAUUGUGUCUAGAGAGGGCGAGGGGGAGGUAAAAAUUGUAUUUACUUACAAACCAACACUUGGGGUCACGCCUUCUAGCUUUGGUGCGCGCGUGGCCCGCAUGGCUGGGUUGCCCUCUGCAGUUGUAACUGAAGCGCAGCUGAUCAGCGAGGAGGCGGAACGCACUCACGACUGGUGCUUGUCUCUUCUUGAAUUGCGGCGCUUCGUCAAAAACAAUUCUUAG